AAAGUCAUGGCAGGAAAGAUGAUGCUAGCUGGAAAAAAACCACAAAUGAAAAAAGCUAUUAAGGCCUCACUUUCCUUGACAAGAAAAAGAAAAAGCGCCGAUUCCAUUCAGGUUCUGAAAUUUUCGAAAGUUUAAUUGAUGGAAUUGAGCAAAAAAAGAAAGAAGAAAAGAUGUGGACAGUAAGGCUGCCGAUGCAGGAGAAGCAGAAAAAGAAUCUGGCUAUCCAAAAGUUGGCGUCAACCAAAUUCAUUCAACGAUUCAAAACGAAUAUCACUCUGGAUACGUCAAUAUAAAAGGUGAUAGUUUUUGUGGCUACUGCUGCUUAGUCCAUUCUGUGUACGGUGAUGAAGCAAGAUUCUUGGAAGUUAAGAUGAAGAUACGCGACACCUUGCCUCAGAAUAGCGAUUUCUAUAUAAACGCCUUUUUAGACUACAUUUUAUGUGACAAUCCGAAAAAUAGUGUUUGUUACGCUAUAGAAGAAGAAAUAGGAAACAAAGAAAUCAACUGGUCAAAGGUUUAUAUCUGCUUUCAGCAAAAAGUCAUAGUUUCUGCUCCUUUCUCUUGUUGGUUUUUUGCUCCCGGUUGCGCCCAUCUUAGCGCUGAUACGUUUAGACGCCCUAUAGCUGUAUACCCUGAAAAUGAGCUUGUCAGCAGUCCUCCAGAAUUGUUUUUUCUGUUGCUGAGAAUUGACAAAUAUUAUUGCACAAUUGAAGGGUUUGGAACAAAUUUUACAUCACCAGUAAUAUUGCAGAGAGUAGAGUAUAACCAUUUUAUUACAUUUAAUUUUAAAAAACACAAAAAAAUGCUAUGGACAAGGCCUCAUCUAAGCAUGUGGGAAUAUGCUUGCAACAAGACGGGAAAAGUAGGAAGUUACAAGCGUUCUGACUAGAGCAGAUACCUCUACUUUGUCCCAAAAAAACAGUUUUUUUCUUUUAUAUAUUCAAAUAAACUGUAUAAUUAUCUCUUCAUAGUUCUAUAAAACUGUAUGAUAGUAUAUUGUUGUGUAUGGUAACAAUUAGCACACUAAGCGUGUUGCUGAUGGUUUGAAGAUGUUCUGGCAGAUAAUUUCUCAAAAAAAUGCUCUAUCUUAAUGAAGCUGAAAAAAUAUGUCUUUUCCUGGAAGGAGAAGGGCAACGAAAAAUUGGCCAAAAGCCCAUUUUGACAGUAACCUUUCACCUCAAAAAACUUAUUACUUUUUACAGGACAUCAAAACAAUGCCGAAUUUAUACGCA